AUGGAUCAGUUUCGGACAGGCAACCGGAAAGAGUUUUUGAAUGCUGCUGAAGAUUACGCUGAUGUUCUUCGUAAAACGAAACAUUUAUUACCUCAUAUAGCACGUUUAUGUCUAAUAUCUACCUUUAUUGAAGAUGGUAUUCGUAUGUGGAUUCAAUGGGAUGAUCAGCGUCAGUUUAUGCAGGAAUCAUGGUCUUGUGGAUGGUUCCUUUCUACUCUUUUUGUUGUCUUUAAUUUCUUUGGGCAGAUUAUUCCAUGUGUUAUGGUUAUGGCACGAAAAAAGGUUCUUUGCGGGAUUUUAGCCGGUGUUGUCGUUUUACAGACAUUUGCCUAUCAUAUCAUUUGGGACUUAAAGUUUCUUGCAAGGAACGUUGCAGUAGGUGGGGGUCUUCUUAUGCUUUUCGCAGAGACUCAGGAGGAAAAUAAAAGUCUCUUUGCUGGUGUGCCACAAGUCGGCGACCAGAAUCGUGGAAAAUCAGUCAUGCUACUUACAGGGCGUAUUUUCCUUGUUCUCAUGUUCCUCUCCUUGAUACAUUUUGAGUGGAAUGUGCUUCAAGUUAUUGCCAUGGUGGUCGGUGGUUUUCUGCUGACCUGUGUAACAGUUGGAUACAAAACAAAGCUUUCCGCGUUUGCAUUGGUGCUGUGGCUUUUCAUUCUUAACUUCUACUUCAAUGCGUGGUGGACAGUUCCUUCUGAUCGCUUUUAUCGUGACUUCAUGAAAUAUGAUUUCUUCCAAACAAUGUCUGUUAUUGGAGGUCUCCUUUUGCUUGUUGCAUAUGGCCCGGGUGGAGUGUCUGUCGACGAUUAUAAGAAGCGUUGGUAA